UAGGCGUUUUACACGAGCGCGGACAUGGAAAUGAACUGGAAGCGAGAUAUUUUUCACAUUUCCUGCAAUAUCUGUUGUCGCGAGUUUUACGUCAGAUUGACCCGAGUCUUCGACUUUCCUUUUUCUUAUUAUUUUUAUCAUUAGCUUUUAUUAUUGACCGGGAGCCGCUGUUUGUUUAUCGACAGUGUCUGAAUUCCACUUCGGCUGCGACCUCUGUUUCCUCCACGCGUUUCAACUCCACCUUUUCGGAUCAAAGAACUGUCUGUCAAUCAAUGGUGUUUGUGAUGAUUGCGUUCGACUGCUGAGUUGGAGUAGGUAACCCAGAACGAUUUCAUGGCGGACAGCAGGCGCUACGCUCUUGGUAACCAACUAGAUAUUGAACAACUACUCCUAGAAGCACAACAUCGAUGGCUACGCCCAGCUGAAAUUUGUGAAAUUCUUCGAAACUAUCAGAAGUUCUAUAUUGCCCCAGAGCCUGCAAAUAUGCCAUCAAGUGGUUCACUUUUUCUUUUUGAUCGGAAGGUGCUGAGAUACUUCAGAAAAGAUGGUCAUAACUGGAGGAAGAAAAAAGAUGGGAAGACAGUGAAGGAAGCUCAUGAGAGGCUUAAGGCUGGAAGCAUUGAUGUUUUGCACUGCUACUAUGCCCAUGGUGAAGAAAAUGAAAAUUUUCAAAGGCGCAGUUAUUGGAUGCUUGAAGAUGACCUCUCACACAUAGUUCUUGUCCACUAUCGGGAAGUAAAGGGCAAUAGGACAAAUUUUAACCGCAUUAAAGAGACUGAGGAAGCUAUUCCCUAUUCCCAAGAAGCUGAAGACAUUUUACCCAACUCUGAGAAUGAUAGCUCUGUGGCUUCUAAUUUUCGUCUAAAUAAUUACCAAGUGCCUUCACAAACUACAGAUACAACAAGCCUGAACAGUGUUCAGGCAUCAGAUUAUGAAGACACUGAAUCAGCAUACAAUCACCAAGCAAGCUCUGGACAACACUGUUUCCUUGAAUCACAACAGUCGAUGGUGGAGAAGAUUAAUGCUGGAUUCCCUAAUCCUUAUUUUGAUGCAUCAAGUUCGAGAGAUUUUCAAGGAAAGUUGUCAGCCAUUUCUAGGGUAGAUUUUGUCUCUCUCACUCUAGCAGAUAAAGUGAAAGACAGCAACAAUCCUGAAUUAAAACACCUUGAUUUUGCGACAUGGGAUGAUAUCUUGGGAAAUGGUACUUCCGGUGGUGAAGGCGUCUCUUUUCAGCCAUCAUUUCCAGAAACACAACCUGAUACCAUUGGAGUCCUUUCUAAACAAGAAAACCAGAUACUGGGGCAACUUUUCACUGGCAACUUUGAAAGGCCGGAGAUUGGGAGUCACCUGCAGGUCCAAGAAGAGUGGCAGACUUCUGAAAGCAAGUUGCCCUUGGAUCGGAUUGUGCAGAAAGAAUUAGCAUCUGAAGUCACUUCCAGAUUUCAUGAAGAUAUCAUCCGAGCCAAUCAGCUCAAUUCUCUUGAGCCUUUCUUUGCAGAUAGUGAUAAGCUAGAAAAUCAUCCUAUCCAAAAUAACCUCCAAGUACAGCUUUCAAACGCAGAACACGAAGAUUAUCUGAAAUCCAAUCGAGAGAACAAGAUGGCCUUAGAGGGAAAAGCAAACUACUCUUUUGCCAUAAAACCACCUCUGUUAGAUGGCUCUCUGUCAGAAGAAGGUCUGAAGAAGCUUGACAGUUUCAAUCGGUGGAUGAGUAAGGAACUUGGAGAUGUAAAUGAGUCACAUAUGCAGUCCAGCUCUGGGGCCUAUUGGGAUAGUGUUGCGAGUGAGAGCAGGGUUGAUGGAUCCAGUAUUUCUUCUCAAGUGCACUUGGAUAACUAUAUUCUGGGUCCCUCUCUAUCCCAGGAUCAGCUUUUCAGCAUAAUUGAUUUCUCACCAAAUUGGGCAUAUGAAGGCUCUGAAGUUAAGGUCCUGAUUACGGGGAAGUUCUUGAAGAGUCAAAAAGAAGCAGAAAUUUGUAAGUGGUCAUGUAUGUUUGGGGAAUUGGAAGUUCCAGCUGAGGUUAUAGCAGAUGGUGUUCUACGUUGUCAUACUCCUGUACAUAAGGCUGCGAGGCUGCCCUUUUAUGUAACAAAUUCCAAUAGGUUAGCAUGUAGCGAAGUGAGAGAAUUUGAAUACCGAGUUAGCCAUAUAAAAGAUGUGAAUGUUAUAGAUAGUUAUAGUAAAACAAGUGAAAUUCUUCAUAUGCAAUUUGGAAAACUAUUGUGUCUGAGCUCUGUCAGCCAUUCAAACUCUGAUUCCAUUGGUGUGAGCGAGAAAUCCCAAUUAAGCGAUAAAAUCAGUUCAUUGUUAAAAGAGGAUGAUGAUGAAUGGGAUCAAAUGUUAAAUCUUGUUUCUGAGAAGGAUUAUUCUCCUGAAAAAGCACAGGAGAAGCUGCUUGAAAAGCUACUGAAAGAAAAGUUGCAUGCAUGGCUCCUGCAGAAAGCAGCAGAAGGUGGAAAAGGACCUUCUGUAUUAGAUAAGUGUGGCCAAGGUGUGCUGCAUUUUGCAGCUGCUCUUGGCUAUGAUUGGGCCCUACAACCCACAACAGUUGCGGGUGUAAGUGUGAAUUUCCGUGAUGUGAAUGGAUGGACUGCACUUCAUUGGGCUGCAUUUUGUGGCAGAGAGCGCACAGUUGCUUCCCUUGUCUCUCUUGGUGCUGCUCCUGGUGCGUUGACUGAUCCGUGUCCCCAAUAUCCUUCAGGCAGAACACCUGCCGACCUAGCUUCCGCCAAUGGGCACAAAGGAAUUGCUGGUUAUCUUGCAGAAUCUGCUCUUAGUGCCCACCUUGUGUCCCUUAAGUUGGACACCAAGGAAGGUGAUGCUGCAGAGAUCUCUGGAUCAAAAGCAGUACAAACAGGUUCAGAACGAAGUGCAACUCCAAUCAGCAAUGGGGAAUUAUCAGAGGGAUUAUCACUGAAGGAUUCGUUAGCUGCUGUCUGCAAUGCCACCCAAGCUGCUGCUCGGAUUCAUCAAGUCUUUAGGGUUCAUUCAUUCCACCAAAAACAGUUAAAAGAGUAUGUUGGUGGUACAUUUGGAAUGUCAGAUGAACAAGCUCUUUCUUUGCUUGCUGUUAAGACGCACAAAUCAGGACAACAUGAUCUGCCUCUGCAAACUGCUGCAAUACAGAUACAGAAAAAGUUCCGUAGUUGGAAGGGUAGAAAAGAAUUUUUGAUCAUCCGGGAGCGAAUUGUUAAAAUUCAGGCCCAUGUAAGAGGCCAUCAGGUCAGGAAGAACUAUAAAAAGAUAACCUGGUCAGUUGGAAUUUUGGAGAAGAUUAUUUUGCGUUGGAGACGAAAAGGAAUUGGUUUGCGUGGAUUUAAAUCAGAAGCACUUACUGAGGGCUCCAGAAUUCAAGAUACAUCUUCAAAGGAGGAUGACUAUGAUUUCCUGAAAGAAGGCCGAAAGCAAACAGAAAAGGGGUUACAAAAAGCCCUUGCUAGGGUGAAGUCCAUGGUUCAGUAUCCAGAGGGAAGAGAGCAAUAUCGUAGGCUGCUGAAUGUUGUGGCUGAGAUUCAGGAAACCAAGGUUUAUGAUGGGGUUCUAAACAGUACCAAGGAAGCGGCUGAUCUUGAUGAUGAUGACCUGAUCGAUCUUGAAGCAUUGUUGGAUCAGGAUGAUGACACUUACAUGCCUCCGAAAAUGUAGAAAGUGAGCCUCUGGUUCAGUCUUUUCUCGUGUAAAAUUACCGUUUCAUUGUAAAUUUACUGUUUCGUUACUGGCAGUAGGACUGGUAUUGUCCAUGUAAUCUUUUGGCUUUUGCUAAAACUCUCUGUAAAUGGAAAACUCAUCCAAUUCAUCUAUAA